AUUUUAAGGAAGUAACAUUUCAUAAAUGAGAUAACAAAUGGAACUGACGAGAACACUGAAGCUUGGGUUUUAUGCAGUAGAACUGAAUAAGACGGUGUGGAUCAUCCCUAACUAUUAUCAAAAUCUCACUCCUGUUGGUACCGGUGCUUACGGUACAGUAUGAGGGAACCGUCAAACUAUUCAAAUCAUGAGAUGGGCUUUUCAAUGGCGAAAGUAAAAUCCCUACAUUCUGCGCCAAUUUUCUUACGCUCACUAUUGAAAGUAUCAACUGUAGUCGGUCAACGAAUAACAGAAUGUUGGCUUCGCUGAAGGUUGUGCUGACAAGUCGUUUGUGUUUGCCACAACUCCGCUAGCUGUGCCGCAGAAUGCCGUUUAACAGGUGAAAAGGUGGCGAUAAAGAAGUUUUCCCGACCAUUUCAAAGUGCAAUCCAUGCUAAACGUACGCAUCGCGAAUUGAAACUACUGCGGUCGAUGAAUCAUGAAAAUAUCAUUGACAUGCUAGAUGUAUUCACUCCUGACAUCAACGCUGCUUCAUUACAAGACGUAUAUUUUGUUUCUAUGUUGAUGGGAGCAGAUUUAUCCAGCAUAUUAAAGAUUCAGCGUCUCAGCGACGAUCAUAUUCAGUUCCUUGUUUAUCAGAUACUUCGUGGUUUAAAGUAUAUCCAUUCUGCCGGUCUUAUUCAUCGCGAUUUGAAACCAUCAAACAUAGCUGUCAAUGAAGACUGUGAAUUGAAGAUCCUCGAUUUUGGUUUAGCGAGACAAACUGACAGUGAAAUGACGGGGUAUGUUGCCACGCGUUGGUAUCGUGCCCCUGAAAUCAUGCUUAACUGGAUGCAUUACACGCAAACAGUAGAUAUUUGGUCAGUUGGAUGCAUUAUGGCUGAAUUGAUUACAGGUCGAACUUUAUUUCCAGGAGCGGAUCAUAUCGAUCAAUUAACACGCAUAAUGAAUGUGGUCGGCACCCCAAACGAGGAAUUUUUAUCGAAAAUACAGUCGGAUGAAGCUCGUAAUUACAUCCGUAAUCUUCCGAAAACUCCCAGAAAAGAUUUCAAAAAACUGUUUCCAAGCGCAUCACCUGAUGCUAUUGAUUUGCUGGAAAGAACUCUAAAUCUCGAUCCUGAUUAUCGACCGACUGCUAGUGAGGCAAUGGAACAUCCCUAUCUAAAGCAGUAUCACGAUCCAUCUGAUGAACCCAUAUCGCCACCAUUCGAUAUCGACUCCGAUGGCGAUUUAACCAUUGAACAAUGGAAGGAGUUAAUUUGGAGUGAAAUUGGAGAUUUUGCGGAGGAAAGGGCGAAACGACUUACCGUUUCAACUGCAAACGAUAAAGCGAUGAGUUGAGACCUGAUUUUAUGCAUCGUGAACUUCACGAAGGCGCUUCCUCUUUCCAUUUUUAUUUUUCUUGUUUGUCCUCAUAAUAACAGCCCGGUGAUGUAAAUCUUUAACAUAGUUUACUAUCGUGUGCGAUUUUCAUAAACUUUUCAAUCAUCUCAUAACACUUAUGUCGAACGAGUCAGUUCUAAUCGUUUGUAAACUCUUUCGUAAUGAAAAUAAUUCUUUGUUUGUUUUUUGAUUUUCUUAUUUGCAACAAAUGACUACCGAUAAUGCUUUUCAACGUUAAUGGUUUAUGCACGUUACAAUGUAAUUAUGUCAUGUUAUUGUUAUUUCGUAGUACGUUUGUGGCACUAUGAAAGACGAUGACAGCAAAUGACUAGACAGUCCUAAACAUUCUGAAAAGUAGUUUUGUAAAUAUGAAGUUGAUUAUUUCUACUAUUUCCAUGUCAUUCUUAAUCAAAUGAUUUGAUGCGGUCUCCUCUCUGAUUUUUCAUUUUCCACUUUAUUAAUAGUUAUAAUUGCUUGUAAGCUUUUCGUAAUUUCUAAAGCUUUUAUUUACUGUGAUGAUGAUUUAUGUAGAUAUAUCGAAAGAGCGGGAAGCUCCGAAACUUGUAUUCAAUCAGUUUUUCUUUUUGUGGAUUCAGGUUUUCUCUCUAUUUCUGUUCCUUUUAAAUUAAGCUAAUUAAUUCAUAUUUUACCUAAUUAGAUUUGUCAAUAUUUAGACGUUGUAAUUGUCAAGAGUGGUGAUUUGUUUAUCUCGGUGAUGUAGUUUGUCUCGCUAACAGUCAAGUUUUAAAGCUACUACAAUAUUUAUCAUUUGUAUAUUCUCAAUUUGGC